AUGGACCCGCGACGGCCCUCCCUUCCAGAACUCGAUGAUGCCCUGCUCCAGGCGAUACCCGCCAAAAUCUGGCAUGGGCACAUCUGGCACGCCUGUCUUGGCCACACCUUCUGGCACUGCUGCCUUUCACGUCAGAGUUCCGUAAAAGUGAAUUUCCGGAGUUCCGUCCGGAUUGUUUGGAAGCGCUCCCAGCGCGGACCUACGAAUUCGCGCGGAUGUUCGACAGUCUGUGUUGAUGCCGCAUUUUGCUCCUUCAGCGGCGAGCUCAUCUACUUGCAUUCAGUUGCCGCCUGUCUGGUCCUGCGUGCUGCACUGUGCUGCAUCACGCGGGUUGGCCCGAUCUUGCUGCACAGCGUGCGCAGACAUCCGUAG